AUGGCCUACCUCCCACCUGCUGGCAUACGUUGCCUUACAGACAGCAAAGUGUCCUACCUGCCCACGAUGUCAGAGAUACAAAAUCCCGCCUACACGGACAAGAUGCUGGAUGCCAUAAAGAAGAAUGCCCAACACAGACCGACAGACACAUCUUUACCUGUCAAAAGAGCUUACUCGGAUGAAAUUGCUUUCAAGCCAGCAAAAACAUUUACAGAGUUUGACACAUACACAGCCAAGGGCACAUGGUCACAUUGCAAGGCUGGGCAGCCAGAUCUACGGAAACUGCCUUACGGUCUUCCCCCAAAUAGCUUUGAUGUGAAGAUUCGGGCCAACUGGUUUGAUCAUUGGAAAGAGCAAAACUACGUUUACACGGGCGCCUUUAGACAAUGGGAGAAGAGAUAUGGCGCCAGAUACUUGUAUCCAACUCCUGUCAUUCCAAAACCACCCCGCUUUACCAGCAAGAAUACCCGAUUGCCUUGA